AGUGGAACACGCUGCUUGCAACUUCAGUGUGGAAGGAAUGCCAUUUAUACACUCCUGUGCCUGACUCAUGUUUCAAGCAGGAGUUUGCAUCCAUUCUUAAAAACAGUCCCCUCAGUUGGAAGAAUGGUCCGGGUGUUCGUCUAUGGAACACUAAAGAAAGGCCAGCCAAACUACCCACACAUGAUAAAUGGGGUUCAUGGGACAUCCCAAUUCCAGGGCAGAGGACUUACAGUGGAGAAAUACCCACUAGUGAUUGCAGGCAAAUACAAUAUUCCUUAUUUGCUGAAUAAUCCGGGGAACGGGCAUCGUGUCACUGGAGAAAUAUAUUUUGUUGAUGAUCAGAUGUUGCAAUUCCUUGAUGAAUUUGAAGGAUGCCCAAACAUGUAUCAGCGUACUCCAGCAAAAGUUGAGGUACUUGAGUGGGAAAAUAAAAGUAGCACAGCUGAAGGAAUAUCACCAAUUAAAAACAUUCUGGAAUGUUAUGUGUAUAGUACUACUACUUAUCAGCCAGAAUGGAUGCAUCUCCCUUACUAUGAUAACUAUGAUUCUUUUGGAAAGCAUAAUCUUUCCUACGUCUUACGAGAAAGCAGAGAAUAAAAGUGGAAAAUCAAACAAUGCUUCCAGCUAUGAACACCCUAACCCAGGUGUUGAAGAACAUCUUUACUAUUUUAUACUGAAAUGCAGUCCUAAUUUACCUCUUCUGAAUAUAAUUGAACUUGGUUUUAAACUUCAUCUAGAAGAGUAUUUGUGGGUGUGUGCAAGUAAAACUUCCAUACCAGCCAAAAAUGGACCAAGGGAGAAUGGGAGAAUCCACUGAACAACAGAGAGAUGCCUUCAGAAUCCAACCAUCUGCUUUCCAAUGACUUCCAAAUGAACAGGAUGAUGAAAGAAUCAUAUGAACGCCAGCACUCAUGAAACGAAGCAUUUGUCUUGCUAAGGUUAAACGGGAAUUUAAAUAUUUCAAUUAUGUUAGAAUACUACCAGUAUUCAGGUAGUCAUAUCACCUCCCACAAUGUGGAAUGAAUGA